AUGAGCAAGACGGCUGAAAUAGUCAUAGGUGCUGCUGGAGGAGCUGUAGCAUCUGAGCUCCUGAAAGCCGUGAUCAAGGAAGCGAAGAAGGUGUUGUCGUUCACAUCUGUGUUAACGACGCUCGCAUCGACGAUGAAGGAAGUGCAUCCGAUAAUCGAACAGAUCGAGUCGCGGCAAGAUCCUGAGGAACUAAAGACUCUGAUUGAUACGAUCGAUAAAGCUGGUGCGGUUGUACUGGAGUGUUCCCGCGUCAAGCGAUGGGAUGUAAUCUCAAAAUCUAUUUAUACAAGAAAAAUUGAGAAAAUCAAUAGGAAGUUUCUAAGCUUUUGUCAGAUUCAAGUACAGCUAUUUCUGCUUAGGAACCAAGGGCUGAUUGAGCAUACCGUGGAAGACCUUACAAAUUCUGUCCAAGCCCUUGAACUUUUGAUUGCUCAAGCACCACCUGUUUUUAGGAGGGAUCUUUGUUCGGUUCGCAAGCUUGAUUUAGUUCCUGUUGGAUUGGAUUGGCCAUUGAUGAAGCUAAGAAAGAAGCUCCUUUAUGAUUCUGUGGACAGUCUUCUGGUGUCCGCUCCUCCGGGAUGCGGAAAGACCACGCUCGUUACUCAGCUUUGCCACGACCAAGAGAUCAAAGGAAAGUUCACGCAUGUCUUCUUUAAUGUUGUGUCAAGUACUCCUAACUUUAGGGUCAUAGUACAGAAUCUACUCCAGCACAACGGUUACCCUCCACAUACAUUUGACAACGAUUCUCAAGCAACUUUUGCCUUAGAAAAACUGCUUCAGGAACUCAUAGAAGACGGUCCUGUAUUGUUGGUCUUGGAUGAUGUGUGGAGUGGAGCGGAGUUCUCGCUUCUUAAGAAAUUUCGGAUUAAGUUACCAGGUUAUAAGAUUUUGGUGACUUCUCGGUUCGACUUACCGCGUUUUGGUUCCAGUCAUCGUUUGGAACCUUUGGAAGGUGAACAUGCUAAGUCCCUUCUCAUUCAAUGGGCAUCGCGGCCUUAUAACGCGUCUCCAGCUUAG